AUGGAAGAGGUACAAUUACCAAUGGAGAAAGCAUGCGAGCCUGCUGAAAAUGCUCAUCAACCUAAGAUGCAUUCCGAAAAAGAAAAGGGUAAAGAUACUGUAACUUUUAAAGACGUUUUAAAUAACAGUAAAAGCCGAAGCAACAUUAUCAGAGGUUACAAAGAAGUUUUAAGUCAGCCACCAGAUAACACAACUCAGCUACAAAAGCUGCAAUGGCUACAAAAACGUCGUACAUCGGGUCUUUGGGUGCAAUGCGAUACUUGUAACCAAUGGCGGUAUUUACCGCACAUUCUCGAUAGCUAUGAACUUCCUAAGAAGUGGUAUUGUAAAAUGAACCCAGAUGCAAAAAUGGCGAACUGUUCAAUCCCCGAAAUACCCAUACGCUUGCACGAUGAAGAAGAUCUUAUCCAUAGUGAAUACGCGGCUGGUUCGCUGGUAUUAGCUCGGCUACCCGGCUGGCCCUGGUGGCCCGCUAUGGUUGACGAUUGUCCCGACACUGAACAAUAUUAUUGGCUAGAUGGAUUUUCUGAUAUACCAACUCAUUAUAAUGUUGUAUUCUUCGACACUGAUGCAACAAGAGCUUGGUUAGCUCCACACCAACUCAAACCCUAUGGCCCAAAUAAAAAUAUUUUAAAAACAUGUCUGAAAAAAAAUGCAUAUAAAAAACGAUUGGAAGUGUCCAUCGCUCAGUGCGAGGACGCUGAAAAAUUGUCUCUCAAGAAACGUUUAGAGAAAUACAGCUUCAUAAACCGUUACGAUGGGCCAAUUGUAAGUCCCAAAAAAAUUCACAAAAAGGAGGCCGAAAAGUACCGACAACGUCUCAAAAGAAAAUAUGAUAUUGAUUUACCGAAAGAUUUUUUUGAAUCGGAUGAAGAUAAAGAUGAAAUGUUGAAGGAAAACGUCAUUAUUGUUGGAUCUAAGAAAGCGACCGGUGGUAGUAGGGAUAAUGACGAGAUUGCUCUUAAUUUACAGAUAGAUAAAAUUAACAAAGACUCCUCUUUGAUUGUUCAAGUUGGUACUGAUAAAGAUAACCAAAAUAAAGAAAUUGCCACUGACAAUCAGCUGCAGAACAAAAAUCUUACUAUUAUGAACGGUACUCCCGGAGAAGAUACUAUACAUACUGAAAAUAAUUCAAAUUCACCUCACAGUGAUGAUUUUGAUUUUUAA